CUAGUAGUAGUAGAUCCAUUAUCUAAGGUUUUGUUCAUUAUUUAUUUUGUCGUUCAUUCAGUCACUUCAUUUCGAUUUUUACUUGAACUCGAAAGUCUCUUUUGUGUUGUUUGAUAAAUUUUACUCUAUUCCUAAUUUUGACAAAAACAUUGUAUAUACUUAUUUGAAUAGGCAUCUUUUAAAUAUUAUGCCUCCCGUAAAGGAUGAGUCCAUAAGAGAAGCAAAUUGUUUGGAAAUCAUCAACAUUUCCGAAAAGAGUCCCGGAAAAAAUAGCGCUUUGGUAGACGUGAGAGCGUGUAAUAAACCUGCUACAAAGGUGUGGUUCCGCGGUGUGAGGAGUUCCAAAUUCCGCCAUGUUUACGGGGUGUCAUUCAAACGGGAGCGGUGCUAUGACAACAUAAAGAUUACGAGGAAUGCUCACGACUCCAACUUCUGUGCUGUCAACCCUAAGUUUGUGGCCAUUGUGACAGAGGUCGCCGGAGGUGGCGCCUUCUUGGUCCUGCCUUUGGAUCAUACUGGACGGCUAGACUUCAACGCAAGCCGUGUGACUGGCCACAAAGGCCCGGUCCUCGAUAUCAAGUGGAAUCCGUUCAACGAUAACAUCAUCGCAUCAUGUUCCGAUGACUGCACGGUGAAACUAUGGCAUAUACCGGACGGUGGACUCUCCAUGCACCUGACCGAUUGGUUGGUGGAACUCCACGGUCACAAGCGAAGAGUGGCGUAUAUUGAAUGGCAUCCCACUGCCGAAAACAUACUGCUCAGUGCCGGCUUCGAUUACCUGAUUUUCGUAUGGGACGUCGGCAAAGGCGAAGCGGUCAAGGUGAUUGACUGUCACAGUGACGUCAUAUACUGCAUGUCCUUCAACCGGGAUGGCUCACUCUUGGCCACCACUUGCAAAGACAAAAAGCUCAGAGUCAUCGAGCCGAGGAGGGGGAUCGUACUCUCUGAAGGCCCCUGUCACUUGGGCACCAAAGCGUCCAAAUGCACAUUCCUCGGCAGCCAGGGGAAAGUGUUGACUACUGGCUUCUCGAGAUACAGCGACCGACAAUACGCGGUGUGGGACCAACACGACUUGUCUAAGCCGCUCGUGUGUGAAACCAUCGAUAGUUCCUCCGGAGUCGUGUUCCCGUAUUAUGACUAUGACACUAACAUGGUAUACCUUGCAGGCAAGGGUGACGGCAAUAUCCGCUACUACGAGGUGGUGGACGAGCCUCCGUACGUGCAUUUCCUCAACCAGUUCCUGUCCGGAAACCCACAGAGAGGUCUCGGGUUCAUGCCGAAGCGUGGAGUGAACACCAGCAUCUGCGAAGUGUUCCGCUUCUACAAGCUGCACACCUCGCGAGGUCUCUGCGAACCCAUCUCUAUGAUCGUGCCCAGGAAAUCCGACUGCUUCCAGGAGGACCUGUACCCGGACACAGCGGCGCCCGCGGCCGCGCUGGCCGCGCGCGCCUGGCUCGCCGGCGCCAGCGCCGCGCCGCUGCUCAUCAGCUUGAGGACUGGUGUGACGAUAUCGACGCACAAGCCGCGCACGAGCAACGCGGAGACGCCAGCGCUGCAGCCGCAGGACGCCAACAACCGCAAGAAGUUCGCCUUCCUCUCGCGCGAGACCACGCCCGACUACCGCCCGCUGGCCACGUGGCACCACGACAACCACGACAACGACAACACCGCGGUGGCGGUCACGAUCCCAAUAACAGAGAAAUCUCAGAAGACGAACGCGAAUCAAAACACGAAAUUCCAUCAGCUGCAGAAAAUGUUCGGAAAACAGAGCGGCGACGCGGAGCCCGUGCCUCUCUACAAGCAGAUCAAUCAAGGGGAUGUUUUCAGCACUGAACAUGAGCUGCGGCUAGCGUUCAACCGGCAAGGGGAAGAGCUGCGCGUCGUGAAGCGGCAGCUGAGCAACAGCCAGCAGCGCGUGCGAGAGCUGGAGCAGCUUGUGGCGGCGCUGCAGGCGCGACAGUGAGACCUGCGACACUCACUGCAAGGCGAACAAACACCAGGACAAACUAUCGCAGACCAGCAGGCCUAAACUUUACAUCUUCUAGGAUUAUUUUACAUAUUCCACACUAUCGCAGACCAGCGGGCCUACCAUCAACUUUUAUGGAACGAUUAAAAUGCGGCGCAAUUGAAUUAAGGAAACUGAAAUCGCAUUGGUAUUAAAAAUUGAUUUGAAAAUCAAUUUAGGUACUAAUGAAUAGAUGAGGGUAAGGGUUCGCCCAUAUUGACGGACUUGGCAUAUAUUGCUGGUUUUUUAUUGCGGUAAGCACUCAUACUAGCUACGAUGAUGAACAUUGUUGUUUCCUGAUUGAUAUACGAUACGCAGUGUGUUUGCGCGCGAAUAUUCGCUUUGGCGCUAAAAGGCAGCCUUGCAAGGCUUUGUGACGUCAUAACUUUGCUUUUGUGAUUCAGUAGAUUUAAGAUUUUAACAUACAUCAUCUCGAAACUGCAUUAUAACAUAAGUAUCUAUACACAGUUUUCUGUGUAUCACAAUCACACAGUUUUUGUUUGGCAGUUAAAGAUGUCACGUCAUUGCCAUUUAUUUGAGGAACUACAUACAUCACAAUGACUAUUUUUUUUUAAUAUUAAGUUUCUACAAAGUUGACUGUAAUGAUUUAAUCAGAAAUGUAAUAUGUUGUAAUUCCCACCAAUACCAUAUUUUUUUUCAAGAGCAGAUAUUCUAAUAUGUGUCAUUUAUACAAUUUCGAUGAAAUUGUAGCAUUUUUGUUACACGCAUUAAUGUAUUUUAUUAUUAUUUUGAUCUGAUUUCUAAUUUAUCAGUGGGAUUUAUAACUGUAUUCUUGGCAAUAAGGAUUCACUUUUCGGCAGCUUCUUUGAAUAAAAAAUACUAAAAAAUUGCUUGAUAUAUGUAUAUUAAAAAAUAAUAAUUACAGAAAAUCAUUUAGGUCUUGGCGUUUGAAAGAGAAAAUUUUGUUACGGGAAAUUCUCAUUAUAUUUUGGAUUGUGGAACUUGAAUGUAAAUCAACUCUAUUGAUAUAGCCAUAUAGAGGCUAUCUUACAUACAUAUGUUUAGCAGUCAGAUAAUAUUUCGGGUGAAUGCUCAAUUAAUACAAAAUAUAAGCUUUUCAUGAAAGAACAGUAUUAAAUCGAAUAAUGGGAUCAAAAUUAGACAUUCCGAAAGAUGAUUUAGGGCAUUUAGCGAGUUGCCAAAAAUUGGUUUAUAUAUUAUAUAAAAAAUAUUUUAAAAGGCUUAGUAGUCGACAGGCCUAGUUAUUCUGUGUAGCUAUUUUAGAAAUUGCUUUCUUGGCAAGCUUGUGAUAAACCCAUGACAUAUUUUUUCGGUCACAAAUGUUUUCUUACAGAUAUGUUUUAUAUCUUAUUUUUGAAAUCUUGUGCAAUCAAAAUCAGGGUUUUGAUAAUCUUUAUAGUUUUACGUUGUUCAGUUUGCUGACAGGCACAUUAUUAAUGAAGCACGAUUGUGAAUUAUAUUUCCAGUUUUAUGAAUUUAGUUGACAUCUUGUUAGUGAUUAUAAAUAGUCUGAUUUACAUUAUUGUGUAAACUUGUGUUACCUGUUAUUAUUUUAUGAAUUGUGUUUGUGUUUACUAUUUUUAUGACGAGAUAAGUCUCAAAUGUUUUAUAUGAAGCAUUUACUUUUUUGUAUGUUUUAGACGGUCGAUGGAAGGAAAUUGUACAAAAAAGUUACCUGAACUUUUUGUGUACAUAAUAGGGCUAAGAUUUUCAGUAGCAUCUAGUAAAGUUAGAUCUCGGGUGCUAGAGCCUUUUCUUGACUAAUAAGUAUUUAACUUUUAAUGGAAUGUUUGCGGCGGUUUGGAUUGAAUCCAUGCAGUUGUGCAGUAAAUUAAAAUCAUAUGACUAAUUUCAGCCUAUAAAUUAUGUCAUUUAUUCAUAAAAAUAAUCACUAUGCUGGAAACGAAAGUGUCGGAAGAAUACAUUUCAAAAUUAGAAUUAAAACGUUGCAACCUAUCGCUGCGACCGAAAGGGUUUCGUCUCAUACAUGCAUCUCUCUGUCGAAGCGAUAGAUUGUAACGCAAGAUGAAUUAUUUUCAUAAAAAAUAAUGUGUACAUACGGCUGUGGUCAUUUGGUCAAGAAGUAUGUCGCAUAUGUAAUAUUUUUGACAUUCCAAUAUCAAAGCAUAAUUUUAGUAUGUUAAGUGAAAAUGAAAGUAUUAUUGUGCAUUAGCUGGAUUAUAAUUAUGUGGCUAAGUCGGUGUUAAUAUUUAUUAUGUAUUUUUAUAUCAUGCUUAUGUAGCACAAAUUUUCAAUAAAUGUUUGAACAGUA